UUGCUGUGAGCAGGCGAAUCAGAAAAAGAAUAAAAAUAUAUAUAUAAGGUCUCUGGCAUAAAAUCCCACCACUUUAUCGCAGCUCGUUGCUGUGACAGUAUUGCAUGGAUUUCUUUGGAUCCACCCAGUCAUGUGCAUAUUUUCGCCCGGCUCCACCGGUUGGCCGCGUUCUGCCCAAUCUUAGCACCAUGAAGGACAGCUACAAGUGCUUCGCCAGGCCUCAGCCGGUGUACCAUCAUUUGAAUCUUGACUGGAAACCAAAAACACGUUAUAAAAUAUCCUUUGGUGAGCAAAACGACGCUGAUGGCCCCAGUGGAGAUGACACGAAGAUGCCCCCACUGGCACCGUCCAAUGCAGCACCAACCACUCCCGAGGAAUGGCGCCGAGCCAACACGGCCCAUCUCAGGCAGUCAGAGGCCAGUCGUCGGCAGGCGGAGAAAAUGAGAGCGGAGACCUCCAGGCUGAUCCAGGUGCAGGACCAGCUCACCAGGAAAGCUCAGUCCGAAACCAGCAGACGGAUCGGGGAGAGGAUGACCGACAUCGCUUUCUGGACCAACGAGCUUAGCUAUGAGGUGGAGCAGCUGGUCAGAGACUCGGAGAUGCUGAAGGGGGUUAAGACCCGGCUGGAAAAAGCCUUAUCAGUGACUGAAGGGCCUAAGCAGCGCGAUUUCCAUUUUCCCCUCCAGAUGGCUAAGGAGUGCUUGUACCACAGACAGAAGAAGCUAGGUAAUGAGCUGAUUACUGACACCGUGGAAAAAGAGCUAGUCCAGGAGGUUUCAGUGAUCGCAUCCUGUCAGGAGCAGAUACAGAGGCUCAUCGACAAAACAAUGAAGCAGCUGGAGACCAACAGGAAAGUGCAGCACGUGAUGGAGAAGGACAUCGAUGAUAAACACGCAGCCUAUCAUAUUGAGGACAGAUGCCACAAACUCAUGGACUUCACAAGCGGGAUAGCUUUCUUCAUGGAUGUGGACAGAAUGGAUGUCAGUGCUUCCGUCCCAGAGUCGUGGGCAAAGUUUUCAGAAAACAGCAUCCUUUUGUCUCAGAGUGAAAGGGCUGCGACAGCCAAGGUGCGAGAUGAGGUGGAGAGGGUGGUUGAGGUAACUUCCAGGGAAAUGUGGAGCCAGUACCACCGAGUGAACAUCGCCUUCGCCAGCUGCAUCUCUGAGACAGCUGAGGCCAAGGACAAACUUCAGGCACACCUAGCAAAGACCCUCCAGGAGGUCUUUCAGACGGAAAGGACAAUAAGUGCACUGGAGGAAGCUAUCCGAAACAAAGAGGCCCCUCUGAAGGUGGCUCAGACCAGGCUGAAGGAGAGGAGUAAAAGGCCUAAUAUUGAGCUCUGCAAGGAUCCUCCACACAGCAAGCUGCUGACCGAGAUUCACAGUAUAAACGGGACAGUGGCCAGCCUGAAGCUGCACCUCGCUGAGGCCCGGGACUCUUUGCAGCAGCUGGUCAACAGCAAAGCUACCCUGGAGCAGGAGCUCUUUGCCAAAGCCCACUCCCUCUUCAUUGACAGGGAGAAGUGCAUGGGGAUCCGAAAGAUCUUCCCGAGCUCUCCCCGGCUGGCCGGCUACACAUGAGCCUGUCUUCUGCUUUCUCCAAUAAAUGCACCAGCUCUGACACAUUCCAAGGCUGUCUGCUUACCUGCCA